AUGAUUGAUCUGCUGGAGGGGAACGUGGAGCUGGACCAGCAGACUAAGAUGAAGUGCCUGGCGGAGAUCAGCGCAGUCGUGACUGCGAUCCUCAGCUCCUGCAGACCGGCGGAGGACAAGAACGAGUUUCAACUCACUCGCAACGCCUCUUCGAUGAAGCUAAAGGUGAACCCUCGCGCGGAGUUCCGUCGGGUGAUCGCGCUAGCUGCGAGCAGCUGGUUCGAGUCCCUGGUUAGCAAGGACAUUGUCAUCACCACGGGGAUGGUGAGAGGUCUGCGAGAGGAGAUGGCGAUGAGGAGGAGGAUCAGAGAGCUGAACUUGCCCCUGAAACUUCCUGCCGUGGUCCGCAUCUUGAACGUAGAGCUCAAGGACAUGACCUUCUCCGAGCUGUCUCCGCACAACGACCCCGAGUGUCACAUCGUGGUUGAGAACUACAAGAUCAGGUUGACCAACCGAAGUUUGACCGGCAGCGCCUGGCUGGACGAGGACCUGUCGCUCAUGAUCAAGCGUCCUUCCUCCUACCUGCGAGUGCUGCUGGUGGAGAGAGGGCAGGAGGACAAGGAGAAGGAGACGAUCCUCGCGUGGGCUGACUUGAAGCUGACCGACAUCAUCACAAGCUCACAGCAGCAGGUGGCGAAGAGUCUCAAGGGCCCGGGAGGCAAGUACAUCGGAGCGACGCUCAUCGUCGGGGUGGAGUGUGAGGAGGUGGACGAGGGAGCCGCUGAGGUCCCGUCACCCUCUGCCCUCGACGUGCCGGCGAUGGCAGCAGCCACGAGAAUCUUGUGGAACCUGGGGCUGCCGAAGAGCGAGGCAUGCAAGGCGAUCGCGAUGAUAGCGAGCAGGUCGAUCUCAGAGGAGGUAGGCGACGGGCUUCAGUUCUGGACGAGGUACCAGUGCGAGUUCCUCUACCAGCUCAACUGGCUCUCCGGGUUGAUAAGGCGAUGGAGCUUCGUGGUGAAAUCGAGACACUUGCAGAACCUGAAGAGGAAAAAGGAGGAGGAGGAGUACAUCCAGAUGUUCCUGCAACGCCAUCAGGAGAACAUGCAGCAAGUACGUCAGGCGGACCCUGAGGUGGAGCAGGAGCAGCUACAGCAGAUGCAGAAGGAGAUGGCGAUGCUUGAGAACGGCAUGAAGCUCGUGGACGCGUUCUGCUGUCGAGAGGAUCCGAAAGUCUGCCAGCCAGACACGACGCAAGAGAUGGUGUCGACGUACAAGAGCCUGCGAGGACUGUUCGACAACAAAGAGAUCUCCUCCUUCCUGCUCAACAAGUUCAAGGCCAGCAUCCAGUUCUUGAUCAGGAAGGAGAAGGAGGCGGCGAUGAUUGAAAACGUGACGUCUGAGAUCGAGCAGCUGAAGAAAAGAUGUCUUAUCGGAGAGGAGGAAGCGACCAACACCAAGGGAACGAUCCUGCUCAAGUGGCUGAUCCACAAGAAGUCCAUGGACAAGAAGCACAAGUACAAGCCCGUGGAGUUCUACCUGGAACCCUUCCUCCUCAAGCUCAAGUCGCAGAGGCAGCUUGAAACCUUCACGUUCGAGCUCUACAACUAUUUCCUCACCCUUGAGGAGUUCCACAAGCGCAUGGACACGGGAGCGUUCGUCUCGAAGCUGAUCCUCUUCCUCAAGGAGGCUGGGGAGGCUACCGACAAGCUGGAGCAGAGGAAGCAGAUGAUCUUGGACAAGAUCAGCAGCGAGGUAAUAGGGAAGAGGACGCGGGCUCAGAACGACGAGGUCCACAAGUUCCAGCAGUUUGUCCAGCACUCCCACAACGAACUUGACGAGCGGGUCCAGAAGCAGAUGCUAGGCCUGAUCCAGACCUUCUUCCAGACUGAAGACCUCAAGGAGCGAGAUGCGACCCUCGCCGAGCUGAGAAGACUCCAGGAGCUGCAGGUCGAGGAGUGGAAGAGGCAGAGGGAAGAGAGUAAAUUGCAGCCUCCUCUGCCCCCCAGCGACAGCAGGGAGCGGGAAGGUAUCGAAGAGCCUGAGGAGGAGCAGGAGGGAGGAGCAGAGUCGAGUGUGCUGCAAGAGAGGACCGAGACGGAGGAUGAGGUCCCGUCACCAGGAGCAGAGGUUCCCUCAGACGGUCAGGCUGCUCCUGAGGAGGGGGAGGAAACUGCUGCCGCUGCCGCUGCUGUCCAGGAAGACGUUUCAAGGGAGUCGACGUUGAGCUGUCCUGCCCCUCCUAUCGAUCCGGGUACACCAGCCAGUCCUCGGGAGGUGGAGGAGGCGGAGGAGGAGGAAGAAGAGGAUGCAACAGGGGUGCGGGUGGAGGGAAGGGGAUCCCCGCGGAAGGAGGGUGGGGGAGGAGCGGAGUCGAAUCAGACUUCGACUUUCUGGAUCACAGGGAUGGUUGAGGAGGAGGAAGAGGAGGAGCAGGAGCAGGAGGACAAGAAGGAGGAGGGAAAGGAUGUGGGGGAGCAGGAGGGGGAGAAGGGGGAGACAUCAAAAGCGCUCGACAUGCUGGAGGGUCAGGGAGGAGACGAGGACGAGGCUGAAGUUUCUGGUACUGCCGCCACACCGACAGAUCGAGUUGUUCCUCCCUUGGACGUUGGGCAACUCCAGCUGGGCGAGGAUGGAGGAGGUUCUCAGCUGCCCUUUUUUCCAGCUGGCAUCCAGCUAGAGCAAUCCCUCCAGGAGAGCCUUGCUCGCAGCGGGAGCGGGAGCGAGGCAGGGACGAGAUCCUUGACCUCCGUUAAUGCCGCGGGGGAUGAGGUGGAGCAGGAGGAGCAGGAGGGGGAGGGAGAGCAGGAGGGGGAGGGAGAGCAGGAGGGGGAGGGAGAGCUGUCUCCUAUCAUGGUGUUCUCCCAUGAGUCAAGUCAGUUGAGCGUUCUGGACGACUCGGAGAUCUCCCGGCGGCUCGUCGACCUCGACGGGCCGUCGCUGCCGGCCGACGGAACUCACUGGGAGCAGAACGAGUUCGCCUUGAUCGCUGGGUCAGUGACGUCACCGAGGGGAGAGGACUCGUUCUCGUUGACGUCUGGGAAGAGGAGGCCGAGGAACCAAAAGUCUCUCAGUCAGCCCUCGUGGGAGUCGAUGCAGUCCAAGAGCAAGGUCUCCCUCCUGCGGGAGGGCUCCCUUGCCGGCUCCUCCUCCCAUCGGCUGCUGAGUUCCGACAGCAGCGGCUCAGACGCGUCUCGAGAUCAUUUCCUGCGAGAGGAGGAGGGGGAGGAGGAGGGGAAAGGUGAGGAGAGCGAGAGCGAGAGCGAGAGCGGGGACAUGUCCUCUGAUGGAGUCUCUCUACAGUCUGAGGAGGGGAGUUCUAGUCAGAGUUGGGACGGAGGGGAGGAGCAGGAGCAGCAGGAGGGGGAGCAGGAGGAGCAGGAGGAGCUGGAGGAGCUGGAGGGGGAAGGAGAAGCGGUCGACUUCGAGUUGGACUACCAGAAGUUCACGUACAGGAGGGAAACGAGGGUCAAGCACUCAAACAAAGCUUCAGAGGAUCAGAUGUCGAUCAAAGGCAGACAUCAUCACCACCACCACCACCACCACCACCACCACCGCCAUCAUCAUCAUCAUCACCAUCAAGAAGCUCAGGAAGGGGAGGAGAACAGGGUCAGGAGGCGAGUCGAUGCCUCGUACCGGCAGCUGAUGAGUCAUUCCGCUCUCAUGCGGCGAUCCAAGGUUCUGUCUCAACACGCUUUCAGAGAAUAUUUCAGGAUGCAGCAGAUGAAGGAAAUGCAAAGAAGUACUGACGGCGAUGAUGCUUCUGCUCCUCCUGCUCCUCCUGCUCCUCCUGCUCCUCCUCCCUUGUUGUCUCCCUUGAACUCUCCGAGGAGGAGCAUGCAGGCCCCCUUCGAUUUCUUGGCGUACAGUCACACCAAGGAUGAGAUCGUUCUGCUCAAGCAAGACAAGACAGGAGCAGCCCCCCUCGCCUCCAUCCCCUGGAAGAAACUCAUUCUCGACUUCUCCGCAGGUGCCCACGCGCCCAUGCUGUCCUUCCUGGACCCGGCCCUCGGCUUCAUCAGCCUCUGCAAGAUCGAGGAGGCUGCAUGGAACGGCUUCCGGUCAGUCAGGGAGAAGAUGCUCAGCAAGUUCCACCACCCAGUCCAGCUGCGGCUGGGCAGGAUGAGGCUGGUGGGACGAGACAUGUGGGUCGUUCCUCUUCCUCCUCCUCUGCGCGACCUCCAGAAGCUGGACCUGCAGCUCACCGUUGCUGAGAGUCUGCCGGCGAUCCCUCGAGCCCCGAGGAAGGAGCAGGGGAAGCAGCUGGGCAUGCAGGAGGCGAGGAGGAGGAGGUUCAUGCGCGCGAAGGAGGCGACGGAGGAGGACGACGAGCUGCAGGUCGAGAUGAUGGUGGGGGAAGGAGGAGAGCAGCAACGAGAGAAGCGAGGACGCGUCAGCAAGGUGGAGAAGCAGAAGCAGAUGAGAAAGAUUAACUUCAACUUCACUUUCACUUACAUCUAG